CUGUCAAAUCUCAGAGUUGUGUCGUGUGUGUGUGUACGUGAGUGUGUGUGUGUGUGUGUGUGUGAAGGUGGGCACCCAUCGCUCCGAGAUGUCAACAGACAGAGUGGAGGACCUGCUGAGUGACAUCGAACCUUUUCAAUCCUCUCCUCCUCCAUCCCCUCCGCCAUCUCUCUCCAAGCCUUUCCUCUCCUCUCUUUUGCCGUCUUCCCUCGCUCGCUCCUGGCCCUCCUCUCCUCUCUCUGUGCUAGCAUCCUCACGUGAGGUCACCACCCGCCUCUACUCCUCCCUGCAGCAGAGCAGGGUGCACGGGGCCACAGAAGAAGGGGUCACACGCUCGUUCUCGGAGCUCUCCAUCAAACCAAGGCAGGUGUCGUUUAAACUCUCCUCAGCCUCCCCAGAGGCGUCUCAAAUGAGCUGGUUUGACACCACUCCCCCAUUUGCCUCUGACAGGCCAGAGCACACGGAGGAGGAGGAGGAGGAGGAGGAGUCUACUCUGAGCACAAGCCUCUCCUCUGAGGUGGUUGGGCUCGCAAAGACACAUGCAGACCUGGGGCCAGAGUUAGAGGUAGGGCAGCUGGUUGAGGAGAUGAGCGCAAAUCUGAAGACAAGUCUCAGCCACAGCAACAGCUUACAGAGUGGCCGACGACACAUUGAGGACAUGGAAAAUUUGAGGAGUCACCUGCAGACCAUGCUGAAAACGAGGCCAGCUGAGAGACGGGAGGCUCCACAACACAGCCAGCAGUUUCAAGAUGACUCGUUUGGCAGUGAAGCAACAACUCACCUGCUGAAUGCUCCUCUGUUCCCCUCUGUCUCCCCUCCUCUCUCCAUGACUGGUUUGGAAGACCUCUUCCCCCGCUAUACCCGCUUGCACUCUGAACGCGCUCCACCGCCAUUGUCAGGGGAGACACAGGUGUUGAAGGAGAGUCUGGAGCGUGAACGCACACGUCGAAAGCACUGUGAGCAACAGCUGUCGUUGCUGCAGAACAGGACUCUUGCCCUGCAGCAGCAGCUGGCCCUGGCUAUCUCAGCUGACCGGAAGAAGGACAUCAUGAUCGAGCAGUUAGACAAGACGCUGGCGAAGGUGGUGGAAGGCUGGCGCCGGCAUGAGCAAGAGAAGAGUGAGGGAGUGAAGAGACUCCAGGAGGAGAAGGAUGCGGCAGAGAGGGCUCAAACCAAACAGCAGGAGACGCUGGCUGAAUUUGAGAAGUGCCUCUCUCAGGCUGCAGAGGCUUUAGACAGAGAACAGAAGCUGAAAGAGGAGCUGGAAAACUCCAACAAAGAACUGGAAAAGCAAGUGUUGGAGCUGCGAACGUCUGUGGAUCAGCUCCAUGAAGAGUGCCAGCAUCUGCGGGCAGAAGGGGAGGAGGUCAGGUCAGAGGCGGAGAGGCUCCAACUCCAGACCCAGGCCUCUCGGGCUCAGCUGGAGCAGCAGCGGGAGCAGAGCAGCCGCAGGGAGAGGGAGCUGCAGGAGCAAUUCAGCCAGCAAGCGCGGGAGCUCGAGACGGAAAGGCUGAGUGGUGAGCAGGCCCAGCAGGACUGUGAGGACCUGAGGGGUCGGCUGAAGGAGGAGAUGGAGCAGCUAGAGGAGAUGAGGAGGGAGAGAGACGCUGCCAGAGUGGACCGAGCUCUGGACCAGGCUCGUUUUGAAGCAGAGCGUUCUCAGCUGGAGGUGGAACUGAAGCUGUCGGUGGAGCAGGAGGUUACUGAGAGACUCGUGCAUAUUCAAGAGGAGAAUGCCACCAGCACCUCCAAGCUACGAGAACAACAUAGAAAGCAGCUGCUGGACCUAAGUUGUCGGCACGACAGGGAGAUGUCUGCCCAGCAGACCGAGUUCAGAGCCCAGCUGCAGGAGCGUGAGGACAAGCUGCACGCCUUCACACAACAGUGCGAUAGCAAACUGUCCGUAAUGCAGGAGCAGCUGGUUUCCAUGGCAACCAGCAAGCGGAGGCUCGAGCAUCAGAGGGCAGAGCUAGUGUCUCGUCUGCAGGGCAUGAUGCGCUCCCAUUGGACUGAGGCUUUGAGGUUGUUGGCCAAUCAGGGUCAGUUGGAAGGUCCCCUCUCGCCUCACUGUCUGUGGGAAGGUAUUGGGACCCAUAACUUUCCAGUGGAAGAAAAUAAAACAAAUUGCAAGCAAAUCAACACAGACAGCACACAUUCAACAGUCCCUCAGGCAGUGGUGCUCCAUCUGUCCAGAGAGAGAGAUGGAGAGAUGAGAGGAGAGCGAGAGAUGGGAGGAGGAGGAGAGUCUGAUAAUACCGUCUUUAACCACAGUCACAUCUUCACUUCCCUCGAACCGCAGCUGGAUGAGACCGGCCUUACAGCGCUUGGCAACUGUGAUCUGGACCUCUGGGAGAAAGUGCGAGGUGAAGAGGGGGAUAGAGGGAGGACAGGGAAGGGAGGACCGGAGAGAACAGACAGUGCAGAGAAAGAGAUGAACAACAGGCAGCAGCAGCGGGAGCAGCAGAGUCACAUUCAUAGCACAAGUGAGAUGCUCCACCCAGACCCUUUCCAGAGCCCAAACCAGUUCAAGAGCUUAAGACAGUUCCACACAUCCAAUCAGUUCCACAACUCAAGUCAGAUCCAGAAUUUAAGCCAGAUUCACACAUCAAAUCAGUUCCAGAACUUGAGCCAGCUCCAGACCACAACUCAGUUCCCCACCUCAAGUCAGGCAUCGAGUCAUUUCCAGAGCUCAGGUCAGUUCCAGAACUUGGCUGAGGCAGAGAGCAUGGGUCACACCCUGGCCCAGAAAACUAGACCGAAAUCUCAACCGUCCAGCCAGGAUGGGCCUGAGCGUGCAGUCCAGGGCCAGCACAGCGACCAUGGCUCAAGGCCACAUCAGCCUCCCAGUCACUUCAGGGGUCACAGUGCCAGUCAGAGCUCCAGUCGCCUCCAUACCAGCAACCAGAGCCUCAGCCAGGCAGAGGUUAGCUCCUCCUCCCCUGAACAACGAGCCAAUCACAGUAGCUUCAGCUCAGAGGUGUACAGCAGUGAUUUGGAUAGAGGACCUCCAGUUAAACACCACAGCCCGCCCCUGAAAGUAAAAACUGUGGAGGGGUCGUCAUCAUUGGGGCAAGAGAGACAUAGUGAGCUCCAGUACUAUAUCACCAAGCUUUUGGACUGUUCCCCUGGUGAGCCGUUCCUUGAUGCGCAGGUGGCGGCCCUGUCCCAGAGCGCCAGAGGGCCAGCGGGAAGCCCACAUUCAGACCCACUGAGCCAGCUGCUCAAGCAGCCCCAGGCCAACACCCAGACCAUGCAGCACAUUCAGCAGCUCUACAACAACCUGCUCAGGACUGAGUAUGAGAAGAACAUGGCUGCCGUCCAAAGUAACCUGGACCAGAAGCUUAGCAAGCUGGAGAAGAGUGAGGAGGCAGAGCCACCACAGCCCUGUCCAGUCACAGCCCCGCGGCAACCACAGCAAACCAUGGUCAACCGAGUACGCAAGGCCGGACCAGGCCAAGGGAACAGGACAGGGUCAACGAAGGUCACCGCAUGGAGAUGAAGGAGAAUGAGAUUAAGAAGAGCGAGAGAGAGAGUGUGUGUGUGUGUGUGUGUGUGUGUGUGUGUGUGUGUGUGUGUGGUCAUAUGGUACAACCUGUUUUUAGAUGAUGAUCAAUGAUGAAAAGUCAGUUGACCACAAAACCAAGAAAAAGACUACUGAUCGUCCUAGUCUUGUUCAAUGUGUUUUUAAAUUAAGUGUUCAGACUUUUAUUAAAUGAUUAUGUUUUUAAUA